AUGGACGCGCAUGGCCUUCUGUUCGUUUCCCCAGACAGUUUAUUGAUUUUUGACCCGGGAUGUGAUAAUAUGGAUGACAUUGAGCAGGCAAUUGACGAGGAGUUGAAUAAAUUAAACUUUGAUCCCUCUGGAAAUGACUCUGAAGAAUCAGAAGAUGACAGCUUAACUGUGUUGGAUGGAGAUCUGCAUGCAGAACUUCCUAACUCUGUCCUAGCAUAUAUGGAAGCUUCAAGAAAUCGAAUGAACGCUUUUGAACAGUUGAUCCAUGAAGAUUUUGAGGAAAAAGUAGACAUCUCAAGCCUGGAACUGUCUCACCUCAAUUGCAACGAUAAUCUUAUAAAUGAAUCAGAUUCAGAAUUCAGUGAGGACCCCAUAAAGUGGAAAGAGAGGGUUCAUUCUGAAAUUAAGGAACAAAUUGGACUUCCCAAAGACAUUGACCCACAGAAUGAUAUAACUAGGCAUGAUAUAUGCACUGAAAGUGAAUUACAAUUCAAUAUUGAAUGGAGAGAACUGGAGAAAAGACUGCAAGAGGAAGAGAAGCAGAGAUUAGCAGCACAGGAGGAAGAAAGAGAGCUACAUUUGAACUCAGUGAGAGAGGAGGAAGAGAGGAGGAGUAGAAGACAAUUGGAGUUCGAGGAGGAGCUGAGGAGGAUAGAGCAGACCACUUUGAUUCAAAAAUUUGGAUUAAAAAAAGAAGUACAUCCCACAGUGGAUCUUCAAUUGGAAAUGGAUAAACAGCAGGAGUUGAUAAGGAAGCUUGCGGAAGAGAUGGUGGAGGAGAGACAAGCUUUUGAGGAAGCUCAGAAGGAGGCGAGAAGGAGAACCCAGGAGCUUCACUGCAGAGCAGCCACAAAGAUCCAAGCUGCUUUCAGAGGAACAUUAGCACGCCAGUGGAGCAAGACAGAGCUGAACAGAAAGAGAGAAGAAAAAAAAAGGCUUGAGGAGGAGAAGAGGGAAUGGGAGAAGAUUACGAAAUACAGGGAGGAGGAGAGAAGUAGGAUUGAGGAGGAAGAACACACUCGAAAGGAGGAGACAGAGAGAAGGAGAGCAAAUUAUGAAAGAGAAAAAGAACUAGAGCGCCAUCGUUUGGAGAGAGAGCAUAGACUUGAGCAGAAGAAGAGGAAAGAGGAGGAAGAUGAAGAGAGGUGGAGGGAAAUGGAGAGGAAGAGGAAGGAGAAGCAGAACAACAAUAAAUCAGUUGAAGAGAAGAGUGUGAAGGAGAGCAGCCGAGGAAGAAGACAGGAAGAGGAUGUUGAGACAAAGGAAACAGAAAAAGAGAGAAAAAUCACAGUGGAGGAUGAAUGUAAAAGAAAAAAGGAAAUUGAGGAAAGAAGGGAAAAGGAGAACAUAGGCAAUGAGGAAAAUGUAAGAAAAGAAGAAGAUAAUAAUGAAAGAAUAAGAGAUGGGAACAAGGAGGAAAAGACAGUGAAGGCGGAGAAGUAUAUGAUGGAAAAAAAUGAAAAAAGCAUGAACUUAGAAGUUCCAGAACGAUUAAAUGAUCAGAGACCACUAACAAUGAGUGAUAAAGACAGAAUGAAGAGCCAUCAAGAGAAGAAACGACUUGAUAAUGGAGAUCUUGACUCUUUAAUACAUCUCUCAAAUUUAAGAAAACACCUAGAAGUUCAUACAGUCACUCCAGAGUCCUGCAUAAAUGCACAUCAGCCACUAUCUUAUGAGCGUGGCAUUAGUCCAGUUGGUUCCCCUAGUGAUACAGACCACAUAAGUGUUGAAACGACUCAGAACCCAGAGACAGACACGACUCUACCAGUUUCUGAUUUUCAUGGUGUAGGACCUGGGAUGAACACUAGGGUGCAUACAAAUGCUACAGCCAUUGAGUUGGAGAAACGUGUACCAGAGAUUCAACAAUUAAAUUCUUUAUAUCUGCCUGACAGUACAGAGCAGAAGCGUCUGGCCUGGAUGAUGAAGUGCACUCCUUGGGCCAAACUAUCAAUGCUGAAUAAAAGAAAGGGUCCCUCUGCCCAGCUACAGUCCCAAAAGAGAGGGCCAAGAAGAACAAGAGUACCCAGCUUGCCUCCUCUGUCUGUGGACACUAUUCUCAAGACAGGAGAGUGGUGCUCUAUCAUACAGGUUACAACAGUGACACUGGAGGACCUGCCGGGCUGCAGCCUGUCCACACUGUCUGAGUGUAUCAAACUGCAAACUUUAACCCUUAGACGCUGUGGACUCAGAUCCUUAGAUGGACUUAAUCAGUGUACCCAUAUUAGAUACAUUGAUGUACAGGAGAACUCCAUUAGCCUUCUGGAUUGUGGAGGUCUGGCCAGACUUCAGGUCCUCCUGCUUGGCAGGAACCAGCUGACAAACAUUCAUGGCCUUGAUGGUGCUGAAAAUCUACAAGUGCUUCAGCUCUCACACAACAACAUCUCCCGAAUUGGUGGUUUAGGAUCCCUGAAAAUGCUUCUGAGAUUGUCAGUGGACCAUAACCAGCUGCUCAGCACAAGAGGUUUGAAUGAAAUUUAUACCCUACUGCAUCUAGACUGUUCGCACAACCACCUAAGCCACAUCGAAGGUUUGGAGAAUUGUGCUCUGCUUAACACGCUGGACCUGAGAGGAAACAGUCUGACUGAGCUACCUGUCCUGCAGAACCACGUUCUUCUGAGGGACCUUUUUCUGGAUGACAAUCUGAUUUCCUCUAUACAUAAUCUGGAAUCUCAUUGGUUACCUUUGCUACAAAACCUCUCUGUGGCUCAAAACAGUAUAACUUAUUUAAUUCCACUCUUGGACUUGAUCUCUUUGAAGACACUGGAUGUCAGCCACAACUGUCUGUCAGACUUGCAGAACGUUUGUCUGAAUCUUCAGGGAUGUACUGGGCUCCAAGAAAUUAACCUGACUGGCAACCCACUACAGCAGGACAACAACUGGAGGUCCUUGCUUCUGGAGACAGUGCCUGGCUUGAUUAAGUUGAAUAAUGAGCAGACUGGCGCAACAACAGCGCCCACUAAAGGUCCAGGAGAGCAGUGGAGUUUCCAGGCCCUGUGUCAGGCACAGCAGAGGAAGCAUGAUUUACUCCUCCAGCAACAAAAGAUGAAGAUCAGUUCUGCCCACUCACAACAUGAUGCCCAACUUCUUGCCAGUGGCCACCAUGCAGACCUGUUCAGAUUGGCAGUAGAUCAGCGUUAUGCCCAUGAAUACGCCGAUAGCUGUGUCACAGAGGAUCCCGCACCGGCAGUAGCUGCUGACAGUUGUCUACAUGAUGUUUCUGAUGCACCUCCAUCACAGAGGCAAAGCCAAGACGAGCAGCUUCAGUGUACAGCAGAUUGGCAGAUACACAAUCCACAGAUUACUAAAAAUUCUGACCUUGAGCUUCAUUCUAAAGACUUUCAAGCUGACUGUCCUGAGAAACCAACUGAGAUGAAACCUGUUCAAGCACAGAACCUUAAAAUAGCGGCAGCUGUGGUGAUCCAACGACGCUGGCGGAGAUGCGUAAUGCAGAGAUGUGGGGGCCUCUUAGGCGUAAUUGCGAAAACAAAAGAGAGAUCGAAUAUUCAUUGGAUGGAAGAUUCCUGCAUUGGGAGGCCAGAGCUGCAUAAUAGGGACCAUGCUGCCGUUGUUAUUCAGGCUGCGUGGAGGGGCUACGCUCUGCGGAGAAGGCUAGCCCGCACUCUAGCCGCCGCUCAGAUCACAGAGAACGAUGAGUACUUUGAAGAGGUGGACAUGGACGAAUUCAUUUUUGAUGAGAAAGCACUGGAGAAAGACUGGAUAACCCUACAUUCCAAUACCUCACCGGCCAGAACAAUGCCAUUUUCAGCGCAGCUGCCAUUGCCAAAGCAACCCAAGCAUGCCUGGUCAGACAGAGAAGGAGCAGCCCACUUGGAGCAAAACAUGUCACCUCCCCAUAGUAGUAGAAACAUCACCCUUUCUGAGAAAUCCGAACAAAUUGUCAAAGAAUGGGGCUUCACUAGUAACUCCACUGCGCUGCUUAUGCUGAAGAGAGCCAGUAAAAUGAAGGGCAGGAAACAGCAGCAGAAGAAAUUAUUGGACCCAAGCGCACGUCUGACCAUGUUCAGGAGACACAGUAACCAGAAUGUUUCCAUUGAAACUCAAAGCCAAACCCAUCUGAGGGUCAAGGACUGCUUUGAAGUUCGCCAUGCAGAAGAGGAAGUUUACAACGCACUGAGAGCAAAUGAAAGACAAAGUUAUAAGGAGAGAACUUACCAGUGGCUUCACACACAAGCAGUCCACCCCCACGCAGAAUCUGCAGACUUGGGACGGAGUCAUUUCCUGCCUGAGAUUGACCCUGAUGUUCUUAAUGGUGGAAGGGUGCAGCUUGUGGGCAUUGCUGGCUGCAGAGAUGGUUUAGAUUCGAAAGCAAAGUUUAGGUCCGACUCAACUGGUAUCCCUCCACCUCUUAACAAACAUACUCAGGCUCAAAGACAUUCAGCUGAACACACAAAAACCAAAGUGCCGUCACCCAAUAGAGUCAGUUCAGCUCCAACCCGAAAGGAACGGAUCUCAUUCCGGGACAACCCGGUCCGACACAGUGGAGGCUGGGGUGGAGGAAAGAAGGCCAAAUUGAACAAGUAAAAAGACAACAUCAGCUCG